AUGGGAUUCGGCAGAGACCUGAGGAACUCCCACGAGGGUCUGCUGAAGCUGCAGGACUGGGAACUGAAGCUCCUGGACACAGUGAAGAGGUUCAUGUCGCAGCGAGUGAAAAGUGACAAAGAAUAUUCUGCUCUUUUACUGAGUCUGAGUCAACAGCAGCAAGAGUCUGAGUACAUCAGCACCGUGAGCAAGUCCUGGGGGCAGCUGGUGCGACACACUGAGGCUCUGGGGAAGAUCAUGAAGUCUCACGCUGAAGAACUGAACUCUGGACCUUUGACCAAACUCACUGCUCUGAUCCGAGACAAGCAGCAGGUCAAGAAGAGCUACCAGAGUCUGCAUCAGAGCCUGGAGAGCUACCACCACAAGGUGACGAAGAGUGACCUGGAGAAGCUGAAGAGCACGUACCGCCAGCUGAUCCGAGACGCCAACGCUGCACGAGACAAGUACAGGGACGCCAUGAGCAGAGGGCGGGAGGCAGACAAGGCUCGGGAGCGUUACGACAAAGCGCUGACGAAGCUCUACAACAUCCACAACCAGUACGUGCUGGCAGUGGGCGGAGCCAGGACACAACAGGAAGUGCAUCACAAUAGCUCCGCCCCCUCGCUCCUCGACGCCCUCCAGAGGCUGCAGGAAGACACUACACUGGCACUGAAGUGCAUCCUGCAGGAGUACUGUGACGUCAGCAGUCUCGUCACUGAUGACAUUUCCAAAGUUCAUCAAGAAAUCUGUGACGCAGUCGAACAGAUCGACCCCGAGACAGAGUACCAGCCCUUCAUCCUGCAGUACAGGUCUGAGCAGGACCCAGAGCCCUCGGUGGAAUUUGAUUCGUCGCUUUUGGAGGAAACAGAAAAUCUACAAAUAAAUGAGAUUCAAUGGAACACACUGACGGCAGACAGUCUACAGGCCGUGUUGGCGUCCACGCUGGAGGAGCUGUCGGUGACUCAGCAGAAUCUUCAGACCAAAGAGAGUCUGGUCCAGGACCUGGACUUAAAGAUCCAGACCAGGGAACAGGGCGAGAGGGCAAGCGAUUGUGUACAGUUGCUGAACCAGAAGCUGUCUCUCCUGGAGCUCCGUCAGACCGUCCAAUCACUGCGCAGCUCUGAAGCCCGCCUCAUUUCCCAGAAGGCUUUGCUGGAGGAAAAGAUGUCAGCCGGAGGAGCAUCUCAGGCCCCGCCCCCUCCUCCUCCAGCCCCGCCCUACGAAGACGACACACGCUCCGUCAGCUCUGCCGACAAGAACAGGACGUCUCGUUUCGACACACUACGACACUCUCUCGCCGGGAUCAUCACUCGCUCGCCCAAACUGCACAGCUCCUCCUCCUCAGUGAGUCUGAAGUACUACUACUGCUACUGCUACUACUACUACUGCUGCUACUGCUACUGCUAG